UUUUUUCCCAGGGUUUCCGUACUUCCCCGGAUUUCCGGUGAGCUUCGGCUGGGUAAGGGUUUCCCUGCGCCUUGCGUCUAUCUUUAGCCUUCCUCUGUUUACCUUGUUUCUUUUUUACUUUCUGUAUGUUUUUGCCCAAUUUCUUCGCUUUUUCUGAUCCACUGUGUUAUUAAUCUUCCUAUGCCCCAUUGCCGAAUAUAAAUAUAUGGACAAGAUCCGCCGUCCAGGAGAAUUAUUCCUCAUCAUCAUCAACUCAAUUGCAUAGCAUAGCCACCACAACACACCACAACAAACCACAAACUACCAUAUCACAUUACUUCUCUUACUCUUAACUCUUAACACGACUAUAAUCUCUAAUAAUAUUCCCCUAAUUCUAAUACCCUUAAUCCCACAAUCAAAAUGCACUUCCACACCACAACUUGGGCCACAGCCUUGACCACCCUCCUCACCCUGACCACCGCUCUCCCAACCACCCUCACCACCCGCGACGACACGCAAUGCAAACCCGGAACAGCCUUCUACGUCUGCCAAAUCAACAAUUUCCGCGGCUGCUGCAGCAUCGACCCCUGCGCCCUCGAAUCCGGCUGUCCCGACACCACCCCAACGCCAUCUCCGUCCCCAACGCCAUCUCCAACUCCCUCCUGCCCAGCCGGCAAAUCAGAAAUCUACCUACCAAAAAUGCAAACCUACCUCUCAGACUCUGAGAACCCGGUCUCCGAACAGAACAUAAACCUCACCAAGUCCGCAGACAAAGAAUGGUCCCAAACAAUGACCUUCUCAGUACCCUCGGGCGCAAAAUCCUGCACUCUAAUGUGGGGUGUGCUGGAGGAGCGCAACUUCAAGGCUGGAGAUAAUGCGCUGGUGCGGGUGUGGCAGGGAGCCAAGGCGGAGGGGGAUAGCAUUGGGGCUGCGGAUUUUACGAAUUGGCCCGGUGUGAGCGGGGCGCAUGAGCAUACCGUGGGGCUGGCGGAGUGCAAGGAAGAGAUGGUUUUUAGGGCGAGGUUGGAGAAGGAGAGUGAGGUUUUCUUGGAGCAGGAUGGGGAGACGGGGUGGUAUCUUCAGUAUGAGUGUUAGGGUUGGGUUGGGUUGGACGGGUGGUGAUUGGUGGUGGGGUUUGCGAGGGGGCUGGGAAGGGGGUUGGUGUGGAGGAGUUGUUUUUUCCCCUCUCGACCCUUCGGGGCGGUUUUCUUUUUUCUUUAAUUUCUUUAAUUUGCUGAUUUGUUUGCUUUGUGCUUCUUUCUUAUAGAUAAUUUGUCUUAUUUUUGUAUAUUGUUGGUUUUUUGUCUAUAGUUGGCUAAUGUUUAGGUCAUGAAUAUGUAGAUUAAUGUGGAUAUGUAGUUUGAUCUGGUAUGGUACACAGUAUCGUGUGAUUCAAGUAAAUACUGCAAUAUAUGUCGUAGGCCUUCUAGAAUUUGCACAGGCCUGCUGGUUUCUAAGAGUCAUGCCAUACAAAGUCCUCGAACGGCGUAGACUAAAUAGAGUUACAGAAAAGAUGGAU